AUGGAGGCGAACAAGAACGGCCAAAAUCAUCGGAACAUCGCUACUGACUAUCAGAGUGCCUGUGAAAAAGAAAAAAUUCUGAAUAAAACUUCGCAUCCGGCUUCCGUGAUGGUUUUUGCCGGAAUUACCGCUGACGGCAAAACUCCGCUGAUUUUUGUGGAUUCUGGAGUCGAAGUGAACCAAGUAUACUACUGGGAGUAGAUUUUAAAGUUGAGGGUGUUGCCCUGCGCCAAUUCUCACUACGGAAACCGACCAUGGACCUUCCAGCAAGACGGCGCCCCCGCUCAUCGUGCCAAAGGGACUCAAGAGUGGUGUCGCGCCAAUUUUCCGAGUUCAUCUCGGCUGCUGAUUGGCCUGCUUCCUCGCCCGAUCUCAACCCGAUGGACUAUGCCGUGUGGAUAUAUCUGACCGAGAAGGUCUCUUCUAAGAACUACCCAAGUAUCAAAGCCCUGAAGACCGCGCUCAUCAAGAAAUGGGACGAAAUCGACGACGACUACCUUCGUGCCGUGAUCGAUGCGUAUCCGAAGAGACUGAAGGCCGUUAUCAAUGCUAAAGGAUGA